AUGCAAAAUCUGGAGAUAUUGCUUCAAUGUCUUUACCUGAGUGACAAAAUUCUGACGGUUAUCUUACGUUUCAGGGGUUUGAGUGCUAUAGGAAAUGGGUGUAAGAAGUUAAAAAAUCUCACUCUAAGUGAUUGCUAUUUCCUGAGUGACAAGGGUUUGGAAGCAAUAGCUGCAGGCUGCAAAGAACUUGCACAUCUUGAAGUCAAUGGCUGCCACAAUAUUGGGACUCUGGGACUGGAGUCCAUUGGACAAUCUUGCCAGAGCCUCACUGAGUUAGCUUUAUUAUACUGCCAAAGAAUUGGUAAUUCGGCUCUUCUUUUAGUUGGAAGGGGCUGUAAGUUCUUGCAAGCUCUUCACUUGGUAGAUUGCUCUAAUAUUGGAGAUGAGGGCAUUGGCAGUAUAGCUAGAGGCUGCCAGAAUUUAAAGAAACUUCACAUUCGUCGAUGCUAUAAGAUUGGGAACAAGGGAAUCGUAGCUGUUGGUGAGAAUUGCAAGUCUCUGACUGAGCUCAGCCUUCGAUUUUGUGACAGAGUGGGGGAUGAAGCUCUCAUUGCCAUAGGUCAGGGCUGCUCCUUGAAACAUCUAAAUGUCAGUGGUUGCCACCAAAUUGGUGAUGCCGGAAUUAUAGCCAUUGCAAGAGGGUGCCCUCAACUCAAUUACCUAGAUGUAAGCGUUCUCCAGAAUUUGGGAGAUAUGGCAAUGGCAGAGUUAGGAGAAGGUUGUCCAUUACUCAAGGACAUAGUGUUAUCCCACUGCCGUCAAAUCACAGACAUUGGUUUAGCCCAUCUUGUUAAAAACUGCACAAUGCUUGAGUCAUGUCACAUGGUGUAUUGCCCGGGGAUUACUGCAGUUGGAGUUGCCACUGUGGUUUCCAGUUGCAUCAAUAUAAAAAAGGUGAUGGUUGAGAAGUGGAAGGUGAGUCAGAGGACCCGAAGGAGGGCCGGUUCUGUUAUCUCAUACCUCUGUAUAGACCUUUAGAUCAAACAACCUAGUUAUUUAUAUGCAGAGCUUGUUAAUACCCAAAAAGAAAAAAAAGAAAAAAAAUUGCAGAAGAGGAUGAAGA